UUAAAUUAUAGAAAUAAAAGCAGGCACAAUUAAAGCAGCCAGCAUAGAAAGCGAUGACGUGCCCUAUCUGAUGAAGAAUCGACAAGCAGGGAGACAUUUUGGCUCCGAAAGAGCGUACUUUCCUGCAUUUAUGGGCUUUUAGAUAUACUCAUGGUGCGUGUAGUCUUUCUGCACCCCGAUUUGGGAAUCGGAGGUGCCGAGCGGCUGGUGGUGGACGCAGCUGUAGCCCUGCGCUCCCGUGGAUGCAGUGUCCAGAUCUGGACAGCGCAUUAUGAUUCACAGCACUGCUUUACAGAAACACUUUCGCCGGACCUGCCUGUGGUGUGUGUUGGAGACUGGUUGCCCACCAGUGUGUGUGGAUACUUCCAUGCUGUCUGUGCCUACCUGCGCAUGAUUUAUGUAGCUCUCUACCUGGUGUUUCUGAGUGGAGAGGAGUAUGAUGUGGUUUUUUGUGACCAGGUGUCGGCGUGUAUUCCUGUAUUGCGUCUGGCACGCCACAGGAAGAAGGUCCUCUUCUACUGCCACUUCCCCGACCAGUUACUAACGCAGCGGCACUCUCUGCUCAAGCGUCUCUACCGCGCGCCCAUAGACCGCCUGGAGGAGUUCACGACCGGCAUGGCCGACCUAGUCGUCGUCAACAGCAAAUUCACUGCCAGCAUCUUCAAGCAGACCUUCCCCAAUUUGAAUGCAAUCCAAACGGACGUCCUUUACCCCUCGCUGAACACGUCCAUUUUCGAUCAGACGGUGGAAGACCUUGCCGGGCUGAUUCCUGAGCAUCGGCACUUUCUGUUUCUUUCGAUAAAUCGCUACGAACGAAAGAAAAAUCUUCCGUUAGCAAUGCAAGCACUAUCUGCGCUAAAAGAGAGGAUUUCCACCCGCCAGUGGGAACAGGUGCACCUGGUUAUGGCGGGUGGCUAUGAUGAGAGGGUGGCUGAGAACGUCCAGCACUACGCUGAGCUUCGCUCUCUUGCCGCCUCUCUCAGCCUCGAGGAGCACAUCACCUUUUUACGUUCCUUCUCUGACCAGCAGAAGGUGACGCUUCUGAGCAAAAGCACUUGUGUCCUUUACACUCCCAGCGGUGAGCACUUUGGGAUUGUACCUGUUGAAGCCAUGUACAUGCAAUGCCCUGUGAUCGCCGUCGCCUCUGGAGGACCUUUGGAGUCGGUAGUAGACGGAGAGACAGGCUUCUUGUGCCAGCCCACAGCUGAGAGCUUUGCGGACGCCAUGCAGCGAUUUGUGGUUGACCCAGAGCUCAAACAGCGCGUAGGGAAGGCGGGAAUGGAAAGGGUGCUAGGGCACUUCUCUCUGCAAGCUUUUACCGAUCAACUUUACCAAUAUGUCAUCAGUUUGAUCAAAUGAUCCUUUGCCUUCCUUCUCAUAUUAUUCCACUGACCUACGGCUGAAAGAAUGCACUCCCUAAGUGAAGAACUGAGUGGUGAACAUGCCGGAAAUUGACUUGUCGAACACUGGAGCGACAAUGCAGGACAAGUGAAGCAACUGCUGAGUGAGAGGUUAAUGAUUUACUCUUUGCUGAAAAUUGAUUGUGUGUGUAUGUGGAUGUCUUUUAUCCACAAACCAUUAAAGAGUUUCUGGGACAGAAGUCAAUCUUCAUGCAGACCGUCAAGUCUAAUGCUGUUCAUGUAGUUACAUCAGUGGGAGAUGUUUAGAUGUUUAUUUUGCUAAGUAGCUCUCUCACAUGGAAAAUCUUCGGACCGAGGACUACUAUUUUAUACAUUGGUUUAGGAUUGUUUUUGACUGUCUGCUUCCUUGUCAGUGAUUUAAUAAGACUUUUUUUAAUGUUAAUUAUUUUAAUGUUUAUCAUUAAAUGAAUUGGGGCACAA